AAAAGUUUGGGGCUGGAGGGGAGCGGUCCCUGGGAGUCGGUGCCAACCCCGUGCUUCGGUUGUCCCUCAGUCGCGAGGCUGAGCCCGAGAGGAGCUGCUUUCCGCCACAGGCCGCUAGAGGGACAGACUGGGUAGGGACGUCCCCCACAACCCCGCCCUCCCGUAGUUGGCGCUGCUUUCCUGGGCCCGCGAGGGAGACCGCCACAUGCCAGCGGCCUCAGAGCACACUCGCGCUCGGGCAGGGCAGAAGGCAGCCGUGGGUCCACCCAGCUCGGGCUGGCUCUUGCGGGACCUGGGCACUGUUCUCACGAUUGCGGCGCGCAUCCCCUUUAGAGACUCGGAGACCGGGUAGCUUCGGAGUUCAGGCGGGGGACGCCGCGACUGGGCUGCCUGGGACGUGGUUCUUCGUCCAGAAGUGAGAGCCUCGCAAUGCUGGUUCUGGGAAGUUUUCGCAACUGGACUCUUCAUCAAACCCAAGGGGUGAAGAGCUGGCCCGACGAAGAGAGAGCCUCGGGUCACUGACUCAUGCGUCGGGCCGGAAUCCAGAGUCCCCAUGGAACGGAACGUUCGUGGGGUGGGAGCUCCGUCUGGAAAGCUAGAUCCCGGACCCACGGGGCUCUGUGAUUCCGUAGCAUGCAGCUCCCUGUGCGAGGUCCAGGAGCUCUGGCUGGGCACCCUGUCGCACAUGCUUAGAGCCCAGGCAGCGAACCCCACCGACACUGUCUCCUCCUGUCCCUCAGAUCUGGCCGCCUCCGGGAAUGACAGGGCCGCUCUCACAGCCCAGGGAGGCGGAGAGGGCGAGCCCCACAGUCAGUCGCCAGACACCCUCCUGGGCAACACCGAUAAGGAGCUGAAUACAGAAGUCGCCGUUACCCCUAGCACCGCCGGGACAGCACCGGCGGCCGCUUGUCAGCGGGAGUCCCGGAACCUGGCUAUGGAACCAGCAGGCUGCCCUGGGGGACUGCUCCCACGGCCUUGCAGAGUGCUGGUGCUGCUGAACCCCCAGGGCGGCAGGGGCAAGGCUUUACAGCUCUUCCAGACACUCGUGCAGCCCCUCCUGAAGGAGGCUGAGGUAUCCUUCCAACUGAUGCUCACUGCACGGCAGAACCAUGCCAGGGAGCUGGUGUGUGCGGAGGAACUGGGUCAGUGGGAUGCCCUGGUGGUCAUGUCCGGUGAUGGUCUGAUGCAUGAGGUGGUGAACGGGCUCAUGGAACGGCCUGACUGGGAGACUGCCAUCCAGAAGCCCCUGUGUAGCCUUCCCGGAGGCUCUGGCAAUGCACUGGCAGCUUCCUUGAACUACUAUGCUGGGUACGAGCAGGUGACGAAUGAAGACCUCCUGACCAACUGCACACGGCUCUUAUGCCGCCGGCACCUGUCACCCAUGAAUCUGCUCUCACUCCACACUGCUUCUGGGCUGCAGCUCUAUUCUGUGCUCAGCCUGGCCUGGGGCUUCGUGGCUGAUGUGGACCUCGAGAGUGAGAAGUACAGGCGCUUGGGGGAGAUUCGUUUCACGGUGGGAACCAUCUUUCGCCUAGCAACCCUGCGAACCUACCAGGGUCAACUGGCCUACCUUCCUGUAGGAAACGCUGCCUCUAAGAUACCUGCUUCUCCUGCACUGGCGCAGAAGGGCCCGGUGGACACAUACCUUGUUCCCCUGGAGGAGCCAGUGCCUUCUCACUGGACUGUGGUGCCAGAGCAGGAUUUUGUUCUGGUGCUGGUACUGCUACACACCCACCUGAGCAGGGAGCUGUUUGCGGCACCCAUGGGCCGCUGUGAGGCUGGUGUUAUGCAUCUGUUCUAUGUGCGUGCAGGGGUGUCAAGGGCCAUGCUGCUGCGCCUCUUCCUGGCCAUGCAGAAGGGCAAGCAUAUGGAGUACGAAUGCCCAUACCUGGUGCACGUGCCCGUGGUUGCCUUCCGCCUGGAGCCCAAGAACCAGAGGGGCGUGUUUUCUGUGGAUGGAGAGUUGAUGGCAUGUGAGGCUGUGCAGGGCCAAGUGCACCCCAACUAUUUUUGGAUGGUUUGCGGCAGCCGAGAUGCCCCAUCCAGCUGGGAGCCCUAGCAGAGGCCACCUCCAGAAGAACGUUAGGAUUCCCUGGUUCUCUGUGCCUUUGUCUAUGUCUACACUGAGAUGGGACCUUCCCUGCCUCCAUCCCUUGGUAAGGGAGUGUAUGUAAAGCUCAUAUGGAGGUGGUGGGGACCAAGUAGAGGAAGCAGGAAGGUGGGGCUGCUUUGGAAAGAAAGGCUCUGCCCUCUAAAUGCUAGAAUGAAAUACUAGGCAGGAGCCCGCUGGCUGGGCAGUUGCAUAUGGAAGGCACUCCUCGUGGCUCUUAGAGCCCUUCCCUGAGAAUCAAAUCCAAAUAAAGUGACUUUUCCAACCUGUU